GCAGCCGCCGGCGGAGAGUGGGCGACCCUCCCCUUCCGGCGCUGUCGCUCCGGAGCCGCGAUGUCGGUGGAAUCGGCGAAGAAAAGGAAGACCAAAGUGAUCCGGAGCGACGGCGGGGCGGCGGAGAAGGAGGCGAGGAAGGGUCGAGGCGAUGGUGACCAGGAGAACAAAAUUUACAGUGAGGAAGCUGAAGUGGAUACAAGAGACCCUGCCAAAGACUAUGACCUGUAUAAGGAAACAUGCGAAGAUCUUCAAAGAUUGAUGGCUGAGAUUCAUGAAUUGAAGAGUAAAGGAGGAAAAGAUGCCGCAGCGGAGAUUGAUGAGCGGCGCAUCCAAAGCUGUAUUCACUUCAUGACUCUAAAGAAAUUAAACCGCUUGGCUCAUAUCAGAUUAAAGAAAGGCCGCGAUCAAACACACGAGGCCAAACAGAAAGUGGAUGCUCUCCAUCUUCAACUCCAGAAUCUUCUAUAUGAGGUGAUGCAUCUUCAAAAAGAAAUCACAAAAUGCUUGGAGUUCAAAUCUAAGCAUGAAGAGAUUGACUUAGUGAAUGUGGAGGAGUUCUAUCAAGAUGCUCCAUCAGACAUCAGUAAGCCUGAUUUUACAAUGAAUGAUCCUCAUCAGCAAACUCUAUCCCGGUUAGAUUGGGAACUUGAACAACGUAAAAGGUUGGCAGAAAAGUAUAAAGAAUCACUGGCAAACAAAGAGAAAAUUAUGAAGGAUAUCGAAAUCAAAAAGGAAUAUUUGAGCAGUCUGCAGCCAAGACUCAAUGCCAUUAUGCAGGCAUCGUUACCAGUUCAGGAGUAUCUCUCAAUGCCAUUUGAUCAAGCUCACAAACAGUAUGAUAUUGCCAGGCACCUACCUCCACCACUGUAUGUGCUGUAUGUGCAAGCAAAUUCUUAUGGACAAGCUUGUGCCCAGAUGAACAAGGCCUCCCAGCCCUAUGGGCAGGAUAAAAAUCUUACAGUCGCUAUUGACGGUGAUGUUGAAGAGGCCAAGGCACUUUCAAGACCACCAGAGGAUUCCCAAGAUGAUGAAAGCGACUCGGAUGCAGAAGAGGAGCAGACAACAACUAAACGCCGUCGCCCAACCCUUGGCCUACAGCUGGAUGAUAAACGCAGGGAGAUGUUAAAAAGACACCCUCUGUCCAUUACUUUAGACCUGAAAUACAAAGAUGGCAGUGUUCUUCAUCUCUACUUUUAUUACUUGAUGAGCCUCAAUAUAGUGACGGUGAAGACCAAAGUAACCACAGCUACAGAGAUGUCUGUGGCCAUCAGUGCAGGAGAUCUAUUGGCUCCAGCCUCAUUACUGAGCUGUCUGUAUCCUGGGGACCAUGGCAAGAAGACUCCAAAUCCAGCUAAUCAGUAUCAGUUUGAUAAAGUUGGCAUCUUAACUUUUAGUGACUACAUUGUCGAUCUGGGGCACCCAUAUGUUUGGGUUCAGAAACUCGGAGGACUGCAUUUUCCAAAGGAUCAGCCACAGAAAUCCAUGUUAGCAGACAAUUCUUUGAGUGCAAGUCACAUGGAAACUACAAUAAAACUGCUUCGUGUAAGGUUGCAAUCCCGACUGGCUCUGCAGAAACAAUUUGCUUCACUUGAACACAGUAUUGUUCCAAUAUCCAGUGAGUGUCAGCAUCUUUUCCCAGUAAAAAUCAUAUCCAGAUUGAUAAAAUGGUGUGCCAUUUCAUAUGAUGACUAUGUGGUUCUGCCUUAUACCAAGCAUGUCAGAGAGGCAGACAUGGCUCACGAAACUGAUCUCUAUUUCUCAGCUUUGAUAGAACGAGGAACAGCAAAACUGCAUGUGGCUAUUGUGCUGAAUCCAGGUUAUUCAACCAUCCCGCCCAUCUUCAGUAUAUGUUUACACUGGAAGGGGGAGAAAUCAAGUCGUAAUGAUGAUAAUCUAAAGGCUAUGGAAGGUGAAGUUAAUGUAUGUUUCAAGGAAUUGCUGGGUCCCAAGCCAGGCCAUCAGCUGCUGACUAAUCAGAUCCAGCGUCUAUGCAUGUGCCUGGAUGUAUAUCUAGAGACAGAAACUCAUGACAGCAGCGUGGAAGGACCAAAGGAAUUCCCACGGGAGAAGAUGUUUCUGCGGCUUCUUAGAGGUCCCAAUCGAAUCAAGCCGUUUAAAUAUAACCAUCCUCAAGGUUUCUUCACACAUCGAUGACUCAGCAGAACUUGAACAAAGUUGGUGAAGCCAUUAACAUUACCAUGGACCCUUCACAGGAAGUUGGCAUUUCGACAUGAAACAAAGUAAACUCCAUGCAUCAGUGUUACAGCUGUGUGCUUUAAAAUUUGGAUCAAAUAUGAUAAUGACGCAUAUUUUGUUUGGGACUUGCAUUUGUCUCCCAAAAUAUGAACAGGUUAACAAUUUAGAUGUGGAUAUGUUGGCAUAUGGUGUAAAGUAUCCUUUUCAGUUGGCAUUGAAAUUUAAUUAACUUGACAUUAAGUCUAAUUUACAAAUAACUGUCUUUAGCUGCUGAGUUUUUUUAAAGUCUAGUUUUAUUAUUGAAAAGAUUUGUAAAACAUUUAAAGUUUUUUUUGUCACAUGACUAGCAGCAAUCCAUUAAAGCUUUUUGUCUUGUAA